UAGAUCAGUGGAUUGUAAAAGCAUGGAUCUUGCAAGUUCGGGGUCUAAUAGCGACAACACAGCUGACAUGGAAGGAGAAGAUGGUGCAUUGUUCUCUGGUCAUGUAGAUGAGAACGCUGCUUUGUUUGAUGGGACUGACUGGUCUUCUCCUAAACCCACUUCAAAUCGAAAACGGCCUUUUUCUUCUUUGGAAAGUUGGAGCCAUGGCCAAAAUAUAGAUCAACCAGGAGAAGAUGCUAUGUCUUCUAGCAAUUUCUGUGAAGAGGAGGAGGAUGAUGAUGAUGAAAUGAGCCUCCUGCUGGAUUCAAUUGAUGAUCAGCACUAUGGACUCCUGGGAGUAACUGGAGAUAAAAGACAAUCAUAUGACAUAUUAAGCCAGUUCCCAACUGAACUCCUGCAGCAUAUAUUUGGUUUCCUUCCUAUUGAGGACCUGUACCAGAAUGUGAGCUUGGUCUGUAAGAAAUGGAAGGCAGUAGUUGCUGAUGUAUUGUUUAUCCCAUGGAAAAAGCUGUACCACCGCUAUGUAUCUAAAGACCUAGAAGCCGUAAUAGAUGUUAAUAAUAUUCUUAAGAAGAAUGGCAUAGCUGCAGACAACAGACAAGAUUACAUCCUGAAUCUAGUAAGGUGUUUUGCAUCUGUGGUGCAUUCCCGUCUGAUGGACUUCAAGAAAAUCUUAGACAGUUUAAAGUGUCACCAUUUGUAUGAAAUGGCAGAAAGAUCUGUUGCUGCAAGAUUUCCGGAUCUGAGGGAUGCCACAGGGACUAUGAAUGCAUGGGCAGUGGUGGCAGUGCUCAUACUUCUAUCCAAUGAUGUUCCUGACAUCCAGAAGCUCAUAGCAUGUUUGCAGCGUCCUAGCUCCCCACUGAAACUGACUGAAGCUAUGGAGGCCUUAUACUGCCUAGCUCUACUUGUGUAUGCGAUGCGAGAGGAGAAGAGUCCCAUUACUAACAGGGUUCACUACAAAAUCUUCUACUGCUUAUAUCUCCUAGAAAAUGGAUGUUCAGAAUUUAAAAAUGUUUCCCAUGUAACAUCUAGAAUUAAGCCAUCCUUGAAGCUAACUAAUGAGCAGCAGCAAAUUAUUAACCAUGAUAUUAAACCUGGACAAGUUGUAAAAAUCAUGGCUUUUGCAGGUACUGGAAAGACCUCCACUCUCAUUAAGUAUGCAGAGAGAAGACCAGAGCUGCGCUUUCUGUAUGUGACAUUCAACAAAUCCAUUGCAAACUAUGCUUCCAACAUCUUUUCUGAAAAUGUUACCUGUAGAACGUUCCACUCACUGGCUUUCCAGGAGACUGGAAAAUUGUAUCAGCAAAGGAAGAAGAUGAACCCGGGUGGACUUACAGCCUUCACUGUCAAUUUUGUUCUUCCUGACGGCCAGGCUGGCUUUGUCCGAGCAAAACUAGUGGUUAAGACAUUAGAGCAUUUUUUUGCUUCUGCGGAUACUGAAAUUGAAGUAGACCAUGUUCCAAUAUGGUGCAAAAAUAAUCGAGGAGAACGAAAGCUGGUCUCUCCAGAGAAACAGCAGUUUGCAGUGAGAGAAGCAAAUAGGAUUUGGGAAAGAAUGAAAAGUCUUGAAGAAUCCAACCAGCUUGCUUACAAAAUGACACAUGAUGGCUAUUUGAAGCUCUGGCAGCUUCGUGGGCCUAAUCUCUCUUCUUAUGAUGUUAUAUUUGUUGAUGAAGCACAGGACUGCACACCAUCUAUUAUGGAGGUUGUCCUUUCUCAAACAUGUGGCAAAAUAUUUGUUGGGGAUCCGCACCAGCAAAUCUACACCUUCCGUGGAGCAGUGAAUGCCCUUUGUGAAGUGCCACACACUCAUAUCUUCUAUCUUACUCAGAGCUUUCGAUUUGGUGCUGAAAUAGCUUAUAUUGGAGCCACUAUACUUGAUGUUUGUAAGAACGUACGGAAUAAGACCUUAGUUGGGGGUAACCAGAAAGGUACUACACGGGAGCCCUCCCAAUCCAAAGUUGCCAUUUUAUGCAGAAGCAAUGCUUGUGUGUUUGAUCAAGCGGUUAGUGUUACUGAAGGAGAAUCUCCUUCAAGGAUACAUAUCAUUGGGGGGCCAGAAAACUUUGGACUGAGCAAAAUCUAUGACAUAUGGAUGCUGCUUCAGCCAGAUUCAGAGAGAACGAGACAGGGACUGUUCAUUAAAGACAAGUUUAUUGCCACGUGGAUAAGGAGAGGAGGAUUUAUGGCUUUAAAGGAGUAUGCAGUGAGCUCUGAAGACCGAGAGCUGGAAGGCAAAAUUGCUAUUGUUGAGAAAUACAAUCGGCGAAUACCUGAGUUGGUGAAGAGAAUACAAACAUACAAUACUCGUGAUAUGGAUUCUGCAGACUAUAUUUUGGGAACAGUGCAUAAAGCUAAAGGCAUGGAAUUUGACACUGUCCAGAUUACUGAUGACUUUGUAAAAGUCCCCCUACCUAGACAUAAUCUUAGGAGAGUAGGGAUCGCCAUAGAUUCAUCUGUUGAAGAUGAAUGGAAUUUGCUGUAUGUGGCUGCAACCCGAGCAAAAAAACAUCUCAUCAUAACUAAAUCAAUAGAAAAUAUAUUGACUUUGGCAGGGGAGUACUCACUGAAAGCAGAGUUGACCAGUGAGGUGCUGAAGGACGGCCCUGUAGUCUGCACUCUGGGGCACUGCAGGAAUCCCAUCACUGACAAGUCAGUGCUGACCAUGAGAAGACUGCCAAUUACCUAUAGUGACAAGAGCGAAGAUAAAGGAGGCUUUUUCUGCCAUGCGUGUGUGCAACAACGAGUUGGAAAUAUGACACAACUAAUGCUGUCGCCAGAGAUUUUGGAAACCAUAGAAAGUAAACUUGAAAACAUAGCUAUGUCCAGACGUGUUGAAGUUCUGUUGCAAGCUAUUUAAUAUUAU